AUGAUUUUGAUGCUCAACAGUGUUUGUUUAGAUGAACACAUUCCAGAUGCGCAAAACAGGUCAUGUGUACAGCGAAGAUACGGCAGUAAUGGUGAGAAUAUUGUUUGCGUAUGCAAUGCGACAUAUUGCGAUGAUUUUCCUGAACUGGGCAAACUUAUGCCAUUCGCUGCUGCCAUUUAUAAGUCGUCACUGGGUGGUCUACGAUUUCAGAAGACCACCACAAAUUUUCAGCCGAUUACUUCCGUGUCUGAACCUUCGAAAUCAGUUAAACUCAAAGUAAACGGACAGUUGCACUAUCAGUCCAUUAUUGGCUUUGGCGGAGCAUUCACAGAUGCGGCUGGCAUUAAUAUCAAUUCACUUUCACCUCAAGCUUCGCAACAAUUACUGCAGAGUUAUUUUGGUGAACAUGGGUUGCAGUACUCAGCUGGGCGAGUUCCAAUAGCUAGCUGUGAUUUCUCUACUCGUGAAUACUCGUAUGAUGAUUCUGAGGAUGAUUUUGAGCUGGAACACUUCACUCUCACGAAUGAGGAUGCAUUCUUAAAGAUUCCUCAUAUCAAUCGAGCUAUCCAUUUAACGAAUGGUUCGUUGAAAUUAGUCGCAAGUCCUUGGUCUGCACCUGCAUGGAUGAAAACAAAUGGCCACAUGCGAGGAGGCGGAAAACUGAAAGGUGAUGAAAAUUCUACGUAUCACGUCACAUGGGCCAAUUACUAUGUGAAUGCGAAUGGCAUUAAGUUUUGGGGCUUAACCGUUCAAAAUGAACCAACCAGUGGCUCUAAACCAGAUUAUCGUUGGCAAACGAUGUUCUUCAAUAGUGAAACAGAAAGGCAUUUCAUUCGCAAUCAUCUUGGACCGACACUCCGAAAUUCAACAGUUGGCAGAGAUGUGAAACUAAUGAUAAUGGACGAUAAUCGAUACUUGUUGCCACACUGGGCUGAUUCUGUGCUGUCUGAUGAAGAUGCUGAAAAAUAUAUAUCAGGCAUAGCUGUUCACUGGUACGGCGAUUACUCUUUCGUACCCGCAAAACUUCUCUCAACAACACAUCAACGCCAUCCAAACAAAUUCAUUCUCGCUACCGAAGCUUGUAAUGGAGCUGGUGAAAUCGUCCGCGGACCCAUUCUAGGUGACUGGUAUCGAGCUGAUCAAUAUGCACACGACAUCAUUACGGAUCUUUCCAACUGGGUGGCAGGGUGGAUUGACUGGAAUCUUUGUCUCGACUUGCAAGGUGGUCCAAACUGGGUGAAAAAUUUCGUUGAUUCGCCAAUUAUUGUGAAUGCUAGCGCAGAUGAGUUUUACAAGCAACCAAUGUUUUACAUUAUGGGUCAUUUCAGUAAAUUCAUUCGUCCUGGCUCACAACGUAUCGCGUUAACAAUGUCCGAGGAGAUUGAUCGUUUAGAAGCAGUCGUUGUAAAGACACCAUCUUAUCAACGUGUGCUGGUGAUAAGCAAUCGAGAUGAUGAACUCAGUUACAGUUUACUGAUCGAAGAUGCAGCCAUCAACGCAAUGGCCCUUCAUGUCACGAUCGAGCCACGCACCAUUGCCACAAUUGUUUGGAAUAAACCCUAG